AUGUUGGGUAACAUCAAAGAACGUUCUAGCUCAAUCUCCCCACCACAACCUCCAUCCAUCAAAUCGGGUGGUUCAUUCCCAAGAGCGAUCCAUCGUUCCAAUCGUCAGAAUCCCAUCUCAUCCCCUCUUGAUCGUUCAGUUCAUCAAACAUACGUCACUCCAAAUCCACCGCUUGACAAGACUCCCGUGCGGCCAACGUACGAUGGACGAAACCACCCCGAUGAGGUGGGAAGGAUCAGGACCGAGGUGAAUGAGGAGAAUAGGAGAAGGGUAGAGUCUAUGACCGAGGAGGAAAGAGAACAAGAGGUGGAAGAUUUACAACAACGUUUUGGUUCUCGUUUACUGGAUCUUCUUCGAACUAGAGCUCAACUUAGGGGCUUCUCAAGGGAUCCUCAACUCACUCCUGGACCUACGUCUCAAAUCCCUCCUCCUCAACUCACUUCGACCGAGAUCACUUCCCCCCAUCAAGUUGAAGAACAAUACCCCUAUUUGAAAAACCAAAUUGAACCACCUGUUGAAGUUGAAGACCAUCUAUCUCACCUCAAAUCGAUUUACUUCCCUACUGUCCCCUCCGAACCUGACAAACUCGCCUGGCUACAACCUCUCCCAUCUCCUUCUCCCAAUGAAGAUCCAACACCACGAUUCGAUCUCACCGGUUCACCUGUUUCCUCCGAAUCUACCCUCUCAAUUCCAGUCUCAAGAGGCUUACAUCAUCAUGGUUCGUCCCCCCACUUGGCAGGAUAUACGAUAGAUGAAGUACUUUGGCUUUGCCGAUCUGCCAUGCCCAGUCAGAGAGUCACCAUGUUUGGUGUUCUCUCAGGUAUCAUCCGACGAUAUAUCUCUUUUUCCUUACCUAAGGAAGCCGGUAGGGUUGCAAAGGAGAUUGGAGUGGUUGAAAGAGGUUUGGAAUUGUCUUUGGAGGGUUUGAAAGGAAAGUCGAAUAAUAUUCUUCGAGCAAGUGUGGAUUUACUGUAUACUUGUAUUGGAUCAUCAGAAACAGGUCACGAACAAGUAUAUCAGAGACCUAUUCUAGCUCAUUGGGAUAUAAACAACUAUGAACUUCGAAGAGCUAUCAAGAUAUCUGAUCUACCUUGGGAAGAACUGAUUCCUACGUUAUGUAAAUUACUCUCUACCGAUAUCCUCUCCCCUCUAUCAACGAGCCAACUUAUAUCGAUCCUCCGAUUAGCAGCCAGACAUUCUAAAUCCCUAGCCGACCAACUGAUCCCUCUAUUCACUCCAAUAGCUCAACACCAGAUCCUCUCUCGACCAUGGCCUUUAUCCGCCUCUACAAAUAACGAAAUCGAUGAACCCUUCAAUCCGCCUUCCAUCCCAACUUUAUCACUUCUAAUCGAAGCUAUCACUUCAUCCCGUCUUGUCGCCCGAAACAUAACGGAGAAUUCCAUACCUGCCGGACUUCUGAAGUUCCUUGUUCCCUCCCUAUGGGAUGCCUCCGACUCGACCCACGACCUGGUUCAUGGUGUGUUAACGCUUUUGAUCCAAUUGGGAAGAUACGGUCUAUCUUCAUCUUUCGCUCGAUCUUCCAGAGACAUCAUCGAAGAUUUACAACGUGCUUUGAUAGAUCGGGGUGAUGACACGUUACUUGAGAAGUAUUGGGAUUUAAUAUCCAUUUGGACCUGUUGUGCCGUAGAUCCUCAUAGGACAACACCAGAACAUGAUAUCACUUGGUCUCAAGUGAUAUCAAUGGGGUGGGAAGAAGAUGCUUUUUCACAAUUUGACAAAAUGGUAAAAGAUGAGAACUGGGGUACGGUCAGCUCUAUCUUGUGGUUUUUGGUCAGUUGGACAGAAGGAUUGAGAGUCAAUACUCCGGAUCGUUUAACAGAGUGGGGACAACAAGUUUGGAAGAUGUUAGAACGAACAUCCAUCGUCCAUCAAUUGUUCGAAAGAGAUGAUGAGAUAGAAGGAGUGGAAAUGAAACGUGCAUUAGCUGGGUUGUCACGCUUACGGCGGAUUUUGAACUUCGAUCCAUACAGCCGGAGGGUAAUGACAAACGAAAGGGUCGACCUGAGAGAAAUGUGGUCAAGGGUUUUAGAGACGGAUAGUUUGUUGUCUGACCAUGAGAAAACUAGAGAAUGGCAACGAAGAGCUUUCCAUCUGAUGAGGUCUUUCCGACAAGGAGAAGAACCCCUCGCUUUGGAUCUAAUCGACGCUUUACUUUCCAUACCAUCUCCCACUACAUCAUCAUCAUCUCCUACUCGCUUACAACCUGAUGGAAAUCUCCUUACAACGGGUGAACAACCUCAAGUCGAAGAACACUCUCAAAUGGUAGAAUUAUCAUCUGUCGAUACAAAUAUUCCUUCGGAGCGUCAUAAAGAAGAGAAUGACCCAAUAAACUUUACAAUACUUCGUCCUUUAUAUCAACAUAUGAUCUUACCUGACCUUCAAAACGUUAUCGGUCCCAUCAUCCCCAAUCAUUUUUACCUUCCAUCCACUUCAACCCUCCGUUCUUUACCCCUUUCACCGAUCAGACCCGAUCCUUCCACCCCUUCACCGAACACAAUCCAUGUCAGUGACAAUGAGACAAUUGGUGAAACCCAUUCGAUUCCGAUAAGAAAAGAAGGACUCCCUCUAUCCCCCGAUUGGACAUUUCAACCUCUUCGUGAUCUUUUACGAUCAGCUGAAUCAGAGGCUCUCCAACAUGCUCAAAACAUCAUAGAUUGGUCCCCUGGUGAAAUUGAGAUAGUCCGGGCUGUAUUGGGAUUAGUACAAUCUCAACUUUUGUCAUGUGGGUUCUAUGAAGAUGAUGGGAAAGGAGGUAUGAACAGAAGUCGUUUAAUCCUUGGGUUGAUGGACGUUUUCAUGCUAGAACAAAAUCAAUCUUCCUCUUCUUCCUCUACUUCUCAUGAUGAGGUUUUUAGAGAUGGUUUGAUUUCUUCUACCAUCGAUCAUCUUCUUGAUCUGACAAUCAAACCUUUCCCUGAUCAUCCUGAUCAUACGGUCAAUCUCGAAAAGCUGAAGGUGAAACUCAACGAGGACGGACAUGGAGAUAGGGGUCAGGAGAAGGAGAAAGUGGGACCACUGGAACGCGGGUUUUCAGGGGUAGGGACAUUCUAUCAAUAUUAUUCUACACUUUUAUCACUUCAUUCGUCCAUUUCUGUAGGUCAUAGAGCUUUCACUAGGGUGUUGUUGGUACCUUUAUCGAUAAAGUAUCCAUCGGAUUAUAAGAAAUUGGUAUGGUCUCAUCCGGAUAUAUUGAAGGCUUCGAAUUUGGCCAAUGUGAAAUCGGGAGAAGUGCCGGUCGACGAAGCGACUUCAAAGUGGAGUUUAUCAUCGUCGUCAUCGUUUUUGUCGGCAUCACCAUCUCACUCUUCGAUAGAAAAGGUGAUUACGACGGGGAAAGAAAGGGAUCAGAAGAAGAAAGAGGAGGCGGAAAAGGAGAAGGAGGAGAGAGAAGAGAUAGAAAAGGAAGAGGUGGAGAAGGAGAAAGAGAGUAUGAUGGAAGAAGACCUCGAAGUACUUUGGGGAUAUUGUCGAGCUUUAGGAAAAUGUUGGGUAAAUGAAAGAAGUUUUCUGUGGGAUAUGGCAAUCAUACAUUUAGACAAAUUCUUCUUCCACUCUACUGGCAAUGUCAUCAAACAGGUGGAAUCAUCAUACAAAGAGGAAGACGUAAAGUCGUUAGGAACGGACCAGUUUAAUGAUGAAAAGAUGAGCAAAAAACAGUUGGAAGAACGAGACAGGGUGAAGGAGAAGGAAAAGGAAAAAGAAAGAAUGAUGAGAGCUAUAUUCUCUUCUGGUUCAUCGAAUGUCAUACGGAGAUUAUUGGGGAAAGUGUCGAAUGACGAAGAGAAGAGACGUUUGGAAAUUAUACAAAGUUCUUGUGGAUCAGAAAUUGUCCAGAGGGUGAAAAAUUUGAUGAGAUCAUCAACAUCAUAG